AAAUAUAAUAAAAUACAACCGUUUUGUGAUAAGAAAUUUAUAUUUAAUUUUUAUGAGCACAUGAUGAAGUGCCCAGGAUGGUCAUUGGUCCUCCUUCAGGUCAUGUUUCACCUUGAACCCUGUCUUAAUGAGGACCUACGACGGUUUGACAAACCAAGCUGGCAGAACUCCUCAUCCAUCAGGUCAUCCAUUCUCAGAAAUAAUCCUUUAUCUUCCUUUGUACAUCCAUCUUUCUAUCCAUCUACGUAGCCAGUCACCUGUCCUGUCUAUGUUGUACAGUGCAACACUUUGUACAUUUGCCCGUGCAACUAUUUGGCCACCCACCUGCUCUUUUGUCAGUAAUGCAUCCAACAUCUAUCUACCCUCAUCCAAUGUUCUACCUAUGCAAUUAUCCUUUCACUUUAUUAGCCAAUCAAACACCCUUAAUGUCCAUAAGUCCUUCCGUUCAUCCACUAUCAGUCUUGCUCUCUCUCUCUCGCUCUCUCUCUUCCUUUCUUCCUCCCUCCUUGUUCGCCUUCUCCUCCUGUUUCUCCAUCCUCUUCAUCCUCCUCCUCUUUCCUCCACCAUGCUGCAGAUGGGAGAUGUGUUGCCGUGUUUCUCUGCGGUCUUUCUGCUGCUGUUAUUAGGGACUAGGAGCGCCACAGGAGCCUCCUUGCUCACCGUCUUUCUCUAUGUUUUCCUGAUGAUGUUCCGGUUCCCCCCCGUGCCUACGUACCAGGCCGGCCGAGUCCUGCGGCCCAGAGCACCUUCAGGCGGGGUCUCGGUAGUGGCUAGCCGCGGAGGCACCCACGAUGCUCCUGAGAACACGGUGGCUGCGAUCAGAGAGGCUAGUAGAAACGGGGCCACAGGAGUACAGCUUGACCUCAGCUUUACUGCAGAUGGCGUACCAGUACUCAUGCAUGAUGAGACCGUUGACCGCACCACCAAUGGCUCUGGACCAGUCAACAAAUUACAGAUUGUCCAGCUGAGGAGAUUAGAUGCUGCUGCCCAUCACAGACUCAAAGACAAGUUCAGUGCAGAGAAGGUUCCUACCCUGCAGGAGGCGGUAGAGGAGUGUAUAAAACAUCAGCUGACCAUCUUCUUUGAUGUCAAAGGUCAACCAGAUAAGUCUGCUUCCGUGCUUCAUCAGAUGUACAAGAAAUUCCCUGCUCUUUACAAUUCCAGUGUUGUUUCCUCCUUCGAACCUAAAGUUAUCUACAAGAUGCGUCAGACUGACCCUAAUGUGGUCACAGCCCUGAUCCACCGGCCCUGGAGACUGAGCCACUUUGCCGAUGCCACUCCUCGGUCCCUGUCAGUGUGGGGUCAGAUCUGGUUGGAGUUUCUGGAUGUUUUGUUGGACUGGGCCCAUCACCAUAUUCUGUGGAAGCUUUGUGGAGUCUCUGCUGUGCUCAUCCAGAAAGACUUCAUUUCAGUGGACUAUGUUCAGUACUGGGCAGAGCGGGGUGUGGAGGUGGUGGGCUGGACUGUUAACACUGCUGUGGAGAAAGACUUCUACCAAAACCUGCUGAAGAUUGGUUACAUCACUGACAGUCUGCUGGAGGACUGUGACCCUCAGUACUGAGUCAGACACAUUGAAGACAAAGGAAAGAUCUUCAUUCUUUUUAAGAUAAUUUCUUUUUCAAACACAAAAACAUAAAGUAGAAUUUCAGGUCACGUAAACAAUGGAGCAGCAUAUUUUCAGAGUUUGCCCUGACAGCUGCUUUAGGAAUUAUUGGGUGCUAGCUGAAUAGCUUUAUAAUGACAACAAUUACAAAACAGUGAUGUAGUACAAAUGCAUGGAGGCAAGGAGCAGAUCAUUACCUGUAGCUGGUAUAGAGGUUUUUCUCCAUUUAAUCUGCAUGCAUGAUAUAAACACCAUGACAACCAAACUCAACUUUCUUGUUUUAUUCUACUUUCAACAGCGUCACCUCCUGAAGCCAUGAUUAGGUUAUGCUAAUUUGAAGAUCUUUUCUACCAUUUGCUCUUCUCUCACAAGGUUUUUGCACUCCUUUAAAGAUACAGAGUCUUUGUAAAUAUUAAAGUCCUUGUGAAUUUGUAAUUCCAAAACCGUUUGGGUCAGUGUUUAACAAAUGUAACACAUACAGACAUGUACAAACAGGAGACUAUAAAGUGAGAUAUUCAAUUUGCACAUGACUGUAAUGUAAGACUGCGACUGCCUAAUCUUCAUUUGCGUAAUGUUCUCUGUUGCUCUGUGUUCCCAUAGCUGGAACACAGAGUUGAAAAACGUUUCAGUUUAAGAACUAUAAGAAGCUGCCUUAACUAAAGUAUCAAGUGCACUGGACUGAUGUACUGAAGUACUGUAUAGGAGGAGGAUAGAAAAGGAAGGCCUAUAAAAUAGUAGUACGACCAGUUACAGUGGCACUGUUUAAGACAGAUGGAACGCUGGGCUGUAGGUGAUAUGUAGGUGAUCAUCUUAACAUGAGGGUAAACUGUCUUUUUUUGCUAUUUAUUUAUUUAAAUUAAUUAAUACCAGUGACAAACAGACUUUAAACUAUUAUUAGAAGGUCAAAUGUAGUAAAAAGAAAAAGUCUAAAUGGCAAACUGUCAGUAUGUUACUUUUUAAAUAUUACUAAAAUAGUAGAAGCCCGACAUUAGCUGAGCGAUAGCAGAAAAUUGCUAUGAUUGACUAAAUAUACUAUUUAGUAAAAUAUAUUUAAUUAGAUAGACAUAUUAGAAAUCAUAAGUAUAAAGCAGCGGUCUCCAACCUUUUUUGUCAAGGACUGGUUCGCCAUGCCAGGUCCAUGGUCCAGUGGCAUAGAGCAUAGAGAACUACCUUUUUUUAGACAUGUCAGACAGUCAAAGGUAUUACAAGAUUUGUAGUUUAGAUAAGAUUAUUAGUAAUAAAGCAAAUAUAGCAAAACAUACAUUUAAAAUCACUAAAAGUUAGACAAAACACAGGCAAGACUACUUUAGGAUAGAAAAAUAAAUAAUAAAAUAUAUAUAGCUAUAAUUUCAAUUAAAUUAUGAAAUAAAAAUACACUGAGGUGGAGCUAAAGCUAAUUAGCUAAAUGUCAAGUGUUUUAUUGCCAAUAUAAAUUAAGUAUUAUUUUUUCAAAAGUCUGAGUUUAGAAUUGUCCAGCUCAGCCUUCAUUUUAAAGGCCUUAUCUGCCAAACAAUUACACCCCACAGAGCAAGAUACUGGGGUAACAAAAUCUUUGUAGUCAUGUUUGUUUUCAAAACAUGUUUUGUUUCUGAAUUUUGUACUUCCUUGAACUGUUUUUAAAUGUUAUCACAACAAGAUAUUUCAUGUUAACCAUUUAGUCUUAUCAAAAUAUCAAAUUAAUAAAAUAUUGGACAGAAGUUAUUACAGUUUGCCGAUGUCACUUUUGGUUCUUAUAUUUAUAUUUUCAUCAAGGGUAGUAGUCAGAGAAUAGUAAAGUGUGAUUGUAAUGUAAACAUGUUAUGUGUUUGUUUUUGUAUACAGUCUGGUUGCAUGCAGUGCCUUUUCUAUGUACUGUAAACACAGGAACGUUGGGCAGAUACGGGACAACUGAAUUAUAACCGUUCGUUUAUUUGAUGUGUGUAACUUUAACUUUACAUUAAGUUUAAUGUGUUUCCUGUACAAACUGGAAGUAGGUUGUGGCUUGUCCGCACGGGAACUUUAUUAGAUCGAAACGGUAAAGUGUGUUAUUGUUACAGCCUUUCAUCCACAGGGCACCGGCGUUCUGGUUGUCCAUGCAACGGUAUUUUGUGAGAACCGGUUUCAGACUAAAAGAAAAUCUGACAAUAUCGCCUUGCCGUAUUCAUGAAGACAGUACAAACGUUCUAUAUGAUUAAAUCGCCCCUCUGUCUCUGUCACGUGACCAAAAGCUGCUGUCAAGAGACUGCUGGAAGAGCCUUCUUUCGGUGUCCGGUGGCUCUGUUUGUGUCUGUCAACAGCGCCACACAUGGGUGUGGCAUACGUAUUACAUCAAUUGCACCCUAGCUUCCGUGACCAUUUGAUCCAGAGCGUUUCUUAGAUGUUCAACCAAUGUCCUUCUAUGCUCUUCAGCCUUUUACCACCCAGCUUGUCUGCACCGUUGGGUUAUUUAGGUUCACACCUUGGGUGCGCCUGCAUUUCUGUUGUUCCUGCUCUGCUUCUACGACAUUUGGCCCAGUAACACAGUGGUUUAUGGCUGCUGGCUCCAGGUUGUGCCGAGAGUUUGUACAUUUACACAAAGUAUUUCCUGGCUUUUUGGUUGAGCUGGAAAAACGUGUUCAUUUACAUGUCAGUUAUCAAAUACUGUAGCUA